AUGCUCCUAUACUUCGAAUCAGAACAGUUCCUCACAAACGACCCGAAAAACGCCUCGUUGAAGUCAAGGAUCUUCGAAUCGGCGGAUUCCAAAAAGAUAAAGUCUAACGGUAAACAGGUCCUUGCCCUAGUAUCGUCCACUUUACGAUACCAGCAGUUCCUCAAAGACAUUAUCAAACACUCGAAACUCCUUAAACCUUCCGGGACCACAAAAAUCCCAAAGAAACUCACCCCCAAGUUGUCGCUCUUGCUCGUCCAUGAUCUAUUAUUGACGAAAUCAGGAAGAAUUCAGUCCGCAAAACAUCCCAUCAAGGACUACGUCUUGGCCCACAAGACAAGAAUCCACUCAGAAUUCAUCAAGCUCAAGCUCAAACACAAAGUAAAAGAUUUAAGUGAGCUUGUGAAAGACGACCAAGAAGAUGAUAAUAACCGUGAUUAUACCCCGGUCAGAUGGGUCCGUGUCAACACCAUCAAAAGUACCGUCGACGCCGUAUUGACAAAAGACCCUUUUUUCAAAAAACUCACCAAAGUAGACGCUUUUGAAAAAGUAAUUGACACCCCAGGAACCAUCUUCCACGACCCGUACAUUCCCAACUUAUACGGGCUUCACCCUAAAGAUAAGGUCACCUCGACCGACGCCUACAAGCAGGGGAAAAUCAUCAUUCAGGACAGAGCCUCGUGUUUCCCCGCCCACAUUCUUCAUCCUCUGCCAGGUGAUCAUAUCAUUGAUGCGUGUGCUGCCCCAGGUAACAAAACCACCCACGCUGCCAGUUAUGUGAAGAACCAAAAACACUCGAUUGUCGCCUUCGAAAGAAAUUCUGCUAGAUCACAGAUUUUGCGGAAGAUGGUGGCCCGGGCUGGAGCUUCUAAGUGUAUCAGUGUGAAAAAUCAGGAUUUCACCACCGCUAGCCCUAAAGAAUUCAACGAUGUGGUGGGAUUCAUUGUUGAUCCAUCGUGUAGUGGUAGUGGGAUCUUUGGUAGAUCAAAAGAUGAUAAGUUGAACAAAAAUCAACCAGAGAAAAAAACACUGGAAAAGACCACCACCAAUGAGGAGGAAGAUAUCGUUGAAGAAAAUGAUGAUGAUGACGAAGAAGAAGAAGAAGAAGAAGAAGAGCCUAUUAGUGGGAAAGAUAAAGAAAGACUUGCUAAGCUCUCGUCAUUCCAAUUUACCAUUGUCAAGCACGCUCUUCUGUUCCCUCUGGCGAAAAAACUCGUGUAUUCCACAUGUUCCAUUCAUGCCGAGGAAAAUGAACAAGUGGUGAUUGAUUUGCUCAAUGAUGGACAAAUUAAGAACGCUGGCUGGAGAUUAUGUACCAGAGAUCAAGUGAUACCCGAUUGGCCACGCCGUGGAUGGAGUGAUGAAUUUGUAAAAGCAAGAUUUGGCGAACAAGAACUGAAAGCUUUAGCCGAAGGAUGUAUUAGAAGUUUACCAAAAGUCGAUGGGGGUAUUGGGUUCUUUGCUGCUGCGUUUGAAAGAGAUUAG